AUGAUGUCUAUACAUUUAUUUCGACAACGAAAUGUUAUUAUGACAGUCGACAGGGUGGCCGCGAAGGUUGGUCCCGGUGGCCUAGAAAGAGUUUUCGGCACUCUUCUAGAAUCACAGCUAUCCUUCGAAGACAUCCAUAAUGACUAUGAUUUUGUGCAAUUUUCCGAGGGGCUGAAGGCAAUGCAAAAGCCACCGUAUAUCGUUUUUUACGACUCAAGCAAUUUGGAUAUCUUUUUGAAUCAUAUUUGCAAUUUGGAAUUCAUUCCGAACGCCCUGUCUCGCCUUGUCGCCAUAUCAUUCGACACAAAUUCUCAUAUGAUUUUACAAGAAAAGUAUCCGAAAAUUCCGAGUGUCGUUGUCGAUUUGGAUCCUAUCAAGGAGUCCCUAGAGGAAACGUACGAGAAUCGACGAUAUAUCAUUUAUCAGUUGGUGCUGUUGACUCGUACCCGAGUGUGUGCAUCGUUGGCACUUCGAGGAAUCAAUUAUUGGGCAAUGCAACAGGAUUCGUUGUGGAUUGAGAAUUUUGAGUCGAUGAAUAUUGAGGAUCGAUAUACCGAUCAGUAUAUUCUUUUUGACACGGUUGGAAAUGAGCAGCUGCCGGAAUACAAGCGAAUGCAUGGUUGGAUAUGUGGAUCCACUUAUUUCGUACGUGGAAAUCCUACCACACAUCAGUUUUUCAUGCAGGUCGACGCUUUUAUGAGGUCCCACCAAAGUCCGGAUUCAUCAAUUAUGACAUAUUUGUGUGGUCAUAGGAACUACAAAUGUCAUCGGUUACCUAGAUGGAUCAUCUCUUCAUCAGAUUAUUUUCGUGGGACACGAGAAACGACACCAGUCAUGAUUCAAGUGGAUUCGGAUCAGAAGGAGGAGACAAAAAUGGAACUAUUCCAAAGAGCCAAUUUUAUUUUUCGACAUGAUAACGGGACUUGUGAUAGACGGGCGGUGCAUAAGUUGAGAGAUGCCGUCCGAUUGGCAUUCCCAGAAAAGCUGAAAACGCUGGGACAAAAUAUGUAUGCUGAAGGCCUACUCACUCGUCUUUACUACGCCUACAAACACAUUUUCAACGUGGAUCGGUAUAAUAACAAAGUGUUCCUAACCGUACAUUAUACACUCAUCUAG